GCGGCCAUAUUGGAUCGGUGCGGAGCCGGCGGAGGAGGAGGCGACAGCGGUCGGUCUGUCCGUCCGCGCGUCCGCCUGUCCGUCGCUCCCCUCCUGUUUCCCGCCCUGCCGGUGUCCUCCCCCCAAGCCCGCGCUCCAUGGCCGAGCCCGCGCCGCGGCGGACCCGCGGCCCAGCCGUCGCCGCGAUGUCGCAGAGCCCGACGCGCAUCUCCCGCCUGCAGGAGAAGGAGGAGCUGCGGCAGCUGAACGACCGGCUGGCCGUGUACAUCGACAAGGUGCGGAGCCUGGAGACGGAGAAGAGCGCGCUGCAGCUGCAGGUGACCCAGCGGGAGGAGGUGCGGGGCCGCGAGGUCACCGGGCUCAAGGCGAUCUACGAGGCGGAGCUGGCGGACGCGCGGCGGGCGCUGGACGACACGGCGCGGGAGCGCGCCAAGCUGCAGAUCGAGCUGGGCAAGCUGCGCGCCGAGCACGAGCAGCUGCUGGCCAGCUAUGCAAAAAAGGAAUCUGACCUCAGUGGAGCCCAGGUCAAACUUCGUGAGUAUGAGGCAGCCCUGAAUUCUAAAGAAGCUGCACUGGCCACAGCCCUUGGUGAUAAGAAAAGUCUGGAGGGAGAAAUUGAAGAUUUGAAAGAUCAAAUUAAAGAGCUUGAAGCUUCUUUAGCUGCUGCCAAGAACCAGCUUAUAAACGAAACCUUGAAGAAAGUGGACCUCGAGAACCGUUGUCAGAGCCUCAUUGAGGACCUGGAAUUCCGUAAAAAUAUGUAUGAAGAGGAGAUCAAUGAGACGAGGAGGAAGCAUGAGACGCGCCUGGUGGAGGUGGAUUCUGGGCGCCAGGUCGAGUACGAGCACAAGCUGGCGCAGGCCCUCCACGAGAUCCGGGAGCAGCACGACGUGCAAGUGAAGCUCUACAAGGAAGAGCUGGAGGAGACUUACCAUUCCAAGCUGGAGAGCGCCCGGCUGUCCUCGGAGAUGAGCAGCUCCGCAGCCAACACCAUCCGGGAGCAGCUGAACGAGUGCCGCAUGCGCAUCGACAGCCUGUCCUCCCACAUCACCAGCCUCCAGAAAGAGUCCAGAGCGUGGCAGGACAGAGCACAGGAGCUGGAGAGCACCUUGGCCCAGGAGCAGGAGAACUGCCGCAGAACACUGGCAGAGAAGGAGAAGGAAAUUGCAGAGAUAAGAAAUCAGAUGCAGGAGCACCUGGCUGACUACGAGCAGCUCCUGGAUGUUAAACUGGCACUUGACAUGGAGAUCAAUGCAUACCGGAAAUUGCUGGAGGGUGAAGAGGAGAGGCUGAAGCUGUCCCCCAGCCCCUCCUCACGGGUCACCGUCUCGCGCGCCUCGUCCAGCCGCAGCGUGCGCACGGCCGGCGGCAAGAGGAAGAGGAUCGACGUGGAGGAGUCCGAGGCCAGCAGCAGCGUGAUCAUUUCCCACUCUGCCUCUGCCACGGGGAGCGUGUCCAUCGAGGAGAUAGACGUGGACGGGAAGUUCAUUCGCUUGAAGAACACCUCUGAGCAGGAUCAACCUAUGGGAGGUUGGGAGAUGAUCCGAAAAAUAGGAGACACUUCUGCAAGUUACAGAUAUACCUCAAGAUACGUACUAAAGGCAGGCCAGACUGUUACUAUCUGGGCUGCAAAUGCUGGAGUAACUGCGAGCCCUCCCACUGACCUCAUCUGGAAGAACCAGAAUUCCUGGGGCACCGGGGAAGAUGUGAAGGUUGUGCUGAAGAAUUCUCAGGGAGAGGUACAGCACUCCAGAUCUGUGAGGUUGCUCAGAGAAGCACUGUGUUCAAAACAACAGCACGUAAAGGGGAAGAUGAAGAAGUAGCUGAAGCUCUGGAUGAGGAAGACAUUUACCGUCAGCAGGCAGAGCAAAGGGCAUCCAACAGAAACUGUGUGGUCAUGUGAAAUUCCAGCCACUCCAGGCUCCUCCAGCUGUGGUAAUCCCUGCCUGCAGAACAGAGCCUUCUGAGAAGCACAACGUUAUUUUCCUGUCUGUGAAUUUUUAAAGCUGCGAGUCUGAUGGCCUUAAACUUCCUCUGCCACUGAAAAAAAAGCAAAAAACAAAAACCCAAAAAAAAAAAAUCAAACAAAAGAAAAAUAAACCAACGAAGGAAAAAGGAAGGUUUGUCACAAGCAUCUCGACUUCCUCGCAGGAUGUGAGCUGUUAGCUCCUGCUAAGGAGCGUUCAGCAGAUGCUCCUGUCUCUCUCUCUCAGAUUUAUACACCAGUCUCUCUUCAUUGAAACCUUGCUGGAGUAGGAAUAUUCCAGUGUGUUUUGGGGAUCGAUUUUUUUUAGAUUAUACCACUUUAGACUAGUUGCUACGACCUCUUUGUAUUUUAGGUGCUGUUGGGAAAGCUUAGAGCUUAGAGCUCUUAAUUCUGGAAGAGGAUUCAUGUUACACCUUGUAGUUGUGUUGUUAAGAUAGUGUUACCAGCUUAAAUUUUUAUUAUGUGGUAUUUUCUAACAAAUUAGAAAGCUGUUUUAAUAUGGAUUGCCUUAUUUGUUUACAACUUUUAGUAACAAAACAACGUCUCUAGAGGUCUAGUCUACAUUUGUAUGGGAAACAGUUGUAAUUUUGCCAAUGUUGAAAGUUUUUCUGUCCUUUUCACAUUAUUCCAAUGUCUGAAUUUAAUAAAGUAUGUCUGUGCUGCAGAGUAAA